UAUCAAUCCUCCGAACGCCAUUGUGAGCUGGAAAACACGACUUAUAGACGUUUCACAGGAAUAUACCCUCGAAAUGGCAUCUCAGUUCGGGGGAGCUAAGAACCCACCCUGGGCCAGACCAGCAUCAGUUGGCCCAGAGUACAUGUCACCUGCAACAGGUCCCACCACCGUCACCCCAACAUCUCUAGCUCAGGCCCAGAAUGCACUACUGAAUGCUGGCUCAGUGACAGCAACACCUGUGUACAACCUCGGUACACCAGGUGGUGGAAUCUCACAGCCACAGUACAAUGCACAAAUGGCAGCACUACAGGCUCAGCAACAAUUACAGCAGGCUGCUGCUUCAGCUGCAGCAGCAGCUGUACUACCCCAGCCAGGCAUUGCCAUUCCGACCACCUUAGCUACCUCCCAAGUAGCUACAGUCAGCUACCCACCACCACGCAUCACACAGCCACAGUCGCCCAAACAGAGAGUCUUCACAGGAACAGUCACAAAACUACAUGACAACUUCGGAUUUGUAGAUGAUGAUGUCUUUUUUCAGACUACUUGUGUCAAAGGAAGCCUGCCAAAAGUAGGGUCAAGAGUUCUAGUGGAAGCCACAUAUAAUGCCAACAUGCCCUUCAAGUGGAAUGCAACCAGAAUACAGGUCCUGGCUAAUCAGGGAGCACCAAAUAUCCCAACAGGACUUAAGGGUGCACCUCAGCUGACAAUCGGAGCAGGUUUAAACCCCCCGGGUGUGAGUAUCCCACAGCCCGUGCCUCCAGUUGGCAGCAUGAAUCCAAUGACUGGGAACCAGAUCAUCACACAGUCUAUAGCAGGACCAGUCCUAUCACAGCAGCCACCCCCUCUCAUGGCACAGAACCCACAGCCAUCUCUAGGUCUACUCCCAACUCAAAGGUCUGGUGGUGGUCCACCUCACAGGAAUGAUGCCGGUCGAUUCCAGGGGGUGAAAAACAACAGAGACAAAGAAAGAGAGAGGGAGCGAGAGAGGGAAAGACGUGAAAGGAAAGAAAACAGACUGAAGCGACAGAGAUCUCCAUCUCAUUCUGUCAAGACCCCAGCUCCCAGGCCGCGGAGUCCUAUACGAAGACGGCCUGCUAGGGUUAUUCCAAGAUAUGUUGUACAGAUACCCAAGUUGUCACUUGAAACGAAAGGUGGAAAUGUAAUUGCCCUCAAGUCACGUUAUAGCAACUUAUAUAUCCCAAGUGAUUUCUUCAAUGCCGCCUUCUCAUGGGCUGAUGUAUUCCCUGUUGGCCGACCUUUCCACCUCGGCUCCAACUGUCAGUUCCACAUCAUGCAGAAAGAUGUGGAGCCGCUUCAACCCAAUGAGUCUGUCUAUGAGGCUCCAGAUGCUGACCAUAGCUUCAGUGCCAAGGUAAUGCUCCUGGCCUCACCUCUGAUGGAAGAACUGUACCAAAAGUCCUGUGCUCUGGCCCAGACAGACUCAGAUUCGUUCCAGCACCCAACACGUUUGCUACAGUUUCUGGUGGGAAUCAGAGGGAAGAAUGAGCCAAUGGCUAUAGGAGGAGCAUGGUCACCAUCACUGGAUGGUCCAAAUCCAGCUGAAAACCCUCAAGUGUUGAUUAAAACUGCUAUACGCACAACUAAAGCAUUAACAGGAUUAGAUCUCAGUUCCUGCACCCAGUGGUAUCGGUAUGCAGAGAUCGCCUAUCUCCGGCCUGAGACCAACCACAAAGGCAGACAGGUUCCAGCUCGUGUUGAAACUGUCGUACUUUUUUUGCCCGACGUAUGGACUUGUAGCCCAACCCGCCUGGAGUGGGGCAGUCUGCAGGUGGCCUACUCCAAGCAGCUUCAACGCAAGAUUGCUGCCAUCGAAGGGACAGACCCACAGGCGGAGGAAGAAACUGAGGAAGAGAAGGAAGCAGCUGAAAAGUCUGAACCAACAAACCAUGCUCUUCUCGAUCCCAAAACCAUGAAGAUCGUGGACUUGAGACACGAGUUAGAGUGUCGAGCUCUGAGCUCUAAGGGUCUGAAGUCUCAACUGAUUGCCCGACUGACCAAGACGCUGAAACAGGAGAAGGAAGAUGAAGAUGAGGAGAAAAGCCAGCCAGCCGUGGUGCCAGUCAAGGUUCCUGAUGAAAUUGAGCCAGAGGAAAAGGAAGCUGCAAAGAAGAAAGACGAAGAAGAGAAGAAAGCUAAAGAAAAGAGAGAGAAGGCAGCAGUUGAGAGGAAGUACUGCUUGCCUAGCAACCCAGCAAUCAUUAUCAACCCAUCCCCCACAGCCAAGGGAGGCAAGUUUGACUGCUCCCUCAUGUCCCUCAGUGUCCUGCUAGACUACCGACCAGAGGACAACAAGGAACACUCCUUUGAGGUGUCUCUGUUUGCUGAGCUGUUUAAUGAGAUGUUGAUGCGGGACUUUGGCUUCCAAAUCUACAAAGCUCUUGUACUUGCACCACCCAAAAAAGAGGAAGAAAAGAAGGAGGACAAGAAAGACGACAAAAAGGAUGAUAAGAAAGAUGAUAAGAAGGACGACAAGAAGGACGACAAGAAGGACGAUAAGAAGGACGAUAAGAAAGAUGACAAGAAAGACGAGAAGAAAGAUGAGAGAAAAGAAGACAAGAAGGACGAGAAAAAGAUGAGAAGAAAGAUACUAAGGUUUGAGGAGAAGUCAUUUGAUGGUGCUACCAAGAAGGAGUCGGUGGAGGAGGAGAUGGAAACGGAGGAGAUGGCCAAUGAUGAAGAGAAUGAAGAUAAAACUGAUGGAGACUCCAAAAAAGAUAAAGACAAGAAGGAUAAGGAUAAGAAAAAAGAUAAGAAGAAGUACUUGACUGUGGAUCCUGCCCUGCUUCUCGCCUUUGUUUACUUCGACCAGAACCACACCGGCUACCUGUUGGACAAGGAUGUAGAGGAAAUCUUGCAUACUAUUGGGCUUCAUCUGUCUCGUGCUCAGGUGAAGAAACUGGUACAGAAAAUAGUGUCUCGGGACACUGUGAACUACCGUAAACUGACGGACAGACCUGUGUUGUCUGAAGGCGAGACCAAGGUGGACGAGGCUCCAGCAGGGACAGCGGUCAGUGAAGAGGAGAUAUGUAAAGGUAACAUAGACUUCCUGAAGAAAGCAGGAACAGUAGCUUCCAAGCCAGCCGAAAAGCCAAGCACUCGGAACAGUACAGCCAAGGCGGAUUCUCCCCAGUCCCACAUCAUCCACUAUAAGGGCUCCCUGCUGGAUAUCGACAGUCUCAUGGCCAGACUGGACAAAAGUGAGAAGUGUCGAGCAGAUCUGGAGAAUAAGAUGGAGGAGAUGACAACUGAUAAUUAUUCCAUGAAGAGCACCCUGAAUACAAGUGAGUAUAAUUGUCAGAAGCUGGUAUCCGAGUUGAGGCAGGUGAAAACGGAGCUGGAGAAGGAGCAUAUUAUGCGUGAAGAGGCAGACACAUGUAACAGGAAGUGGACUGCUGUCGUCACAGAAAGCAAGGAUACCAUCGCCACUGCCCUCUCUGCCAUGACAGCUCUUCUGGAAAACAAGCCAGCUGUUGUGCACAAUUCAGAACCGGAGAAGUCAGAUAAAGAUCAUGUUAAGGAUCACAAGAAGGAACCUGGCAAUAAAUAAAUUUGUUAUAAUUAUGUCAUAUGUAAAUAUUCACCUUUGCAUACAUACCUGUUGACAUAUGUCAUUGUACCAAAAUUUCAGUCAUAUUUUAUCAGUCAUGAAUUGUUUCAUUAACAUUUGUCAACUGCAUUUAAUAUGUUAAUCUGUACAUGGAUGUGUUCACUAGGGUUGAAGGUCUGGUGUCAGAAAGUCAUUUAUGGAACACCUGCUGUUUACGUGACAGUUACGUAAAAAAGAAGGUACCUUGCAACAUAAAUUCACUUCUUUGGCUGACAUUGUCUUGAGAUUAGCAAGUGGUCAUGGCUUCUUUUUUCAGUCUCGUGAUUGUUGGGGUAUUUUUAACUGGUCAUGUUGUUUUUAGGUCACAUGAUAAGGUGUGAAAUUGCAUAAUACUUCUAUUUCAGUCAGAUUCUGUGUACCACUAUCAUACAAAUGGUAGAUAUGAAUGUACAUGAUUUCCUGAAAAGACUUCUGUAUAUGUAUUCCAGUCUUACAGAAAUGAAACCCAAUUUAGUUAAGCCAAACAGACAUGGCAGAUAUUGUUGUGAAUGAGUUAAGAUUUAUAGUCACAUCAGCAAUAUUUCAGCCAGAUUGUAGAUUGCGAAAAAUGUAACUGUACAUAUUCCAAUUUUGCAGCUAGUUCAGAUGGAUUAUCCUUGUUGAGUUUCCUUGGGUAAGCCGUUCGAGUGACAUUGUGUGUCCAUACCCAAAUACAUGCACUUCCCAGGAAUAUCUCUUUGGAAAGUGUCGAUAUCUGAGGCCACAUGAUUGUGUUCAUUUCACCCUCUGACUGGUAUUCAUCUGAGGAGUGUGAUAAUGUUAACCAAGUAAUAGAUUAUGUGAAGACAUAAUGUUGGUGAAGAAGUAUUGUUUUUUGAAACAAUGUUGAUUAGCUUCACCAUGUCUACAUGAUGUCAGCCAUUAUAGGUUGUGAUGUCGUCAUCUGCCUCAUGAUGUCAACAGUGAUCUCUAUUUAAUGUCAACAAACGUUUUGCUGUUAGGUCAACAAUGUUGUAGAGCAUGUGAAAUCUUUACAUUGUGCUUCAUUUCUUGUCACGAGCAGCAUAGAUGUUUAUCGUCUCUCAGUACUUGUGUGUUCCAAAACGAAUGAAAUACAAAUAUUUGAGACAAAAAUAUGCAAUUUAUAUGAUGAAACCAUUCAGAUCAUCAAAGACAUGGUGUUUCUUGACAUACCAUAACAUCACAGAUAUUUUGUAGGUAUGGAAUGUUGCUGCAUGCUACAAAAUGCAAGGCAUAUAUGCAGGGUUGUUGAUUCUUAUACAAUUUAUAAGAUUGUUAUCAAAUAUUUCUGUUUGGUUAAUUUGUUUGAAAAAUACUUUUUGUAAAAAACGUGUCUGUGUUGACUGACUGUGCAGUUUCCUGGUAGUGAGGUGUGUAUUGGUCUUGGGAAAUUCUUCCACCAUCACCCCUUAUAUUUUACUCCGAUGGCAUAAGUAGACUAGACCCUAGAAACCAGCAUGGAUAAAAGAAGGAUAAAGACCAGCUGGUGGCUGUCAUUCGAUACAUUCUUGUUCUAUUGAAUAUACCUCAGAGAGUCUUGUGUCAGAUAUGUGUCCAGUAUUGUGCACAAUGAUAAACAUGAAUAAAUUAUCAUUUAUA